CCUCUUUUUACUCUCCAAAGCCAACAAUAUUUCAACUAGCGUCGCAUACUAGGAUCGAUAAUCGCAUCAAGCCACUUCGUAUACCCCAAGCCCCUAGGGAAUAUUCCCCCACACCGCCAAUGCGACGACAACAUACCUAGGCGGGAUUGACUACGCGUACCGCAUACUAUCAACACUGAUAAUACACAAACAUGACCGAGCCACCAUCUUCACCACCGAACGAGUCUGCUACCCCGGAGGAGUCACUAGCUUGGUACAAGAGACAGUAUGAAUUAUUGGCCGACGAACUAGCCGAAUUCCGUGAAUCUAGUCACGAACUUGAAGCCGAACUCGAGAAGGAUUUGGACACCGCCGACAAGCGACAACGCGACCUGCAACGAAAAGCCGAAGAACUGCAAUUUGAAGUCGACGAAUGGAAAGAAAAAUGCAGGAAAGCAAAGACCGAGGCGAACACAGCGCAGAAUGCGUUGGAGAAGGAGAUUACGAAUCUUCGUGAUGCCAACCGUACUAUGCAGCUGAAGUUGCGCGACAUAGAGGUGGCCAAUGAUGACUUCGAGCGACAGGCGCGAAACACCACUUCCUCUCUUGAGGAUAUGGAAUCCAAGUACAAUGUUGCUAUUGAGAGAGCGGUCAUGAUGGAGGAGGAGGUCAAGAUAGGCGAACAAGAGCGAGAGGCACUGCGAAUCGAAGCCCAAAGAUUGCGCGAGGAGCUUUCCGACCUCAAGGUAGAGGCCGAGAUCAUGCAGGACAAGAUCAAGAAGGCAGAGAAUCGUCAUUUGUCUACGAUUUCUACGGAUAUGUCUAUACCCGAAUCGCCCACAUUCGGAGACUCGCCCCGCUCCAUGGCUAGUUCCCCUCUUAUCACUACACCUCCCGACGAAAUUUCCUUGCCCCCUUCCAGCAAGGGAGCACCUACGAUCAACGAACCUCCGUCGCCACCAAUGUCCGAUGCCUCAGCACCUCUUCCCAAAUUAUCUUCAAAGAUAAAGACCCCAGCAAACUCACAGAAGAGAUCCCGCAUCCCCUCAGCAGACCGCAGCAUUACACCAAAGCCAAAGGGUGCGGUCUCCAGUGGUAUGAAAGCACCAGGCAUGCGUUCUGUUACUAGCACACGCACGCCGGCGCCGUCGCGCACCACUACAAGCCGCGCAACUUCACACAAAAUUCCACCGUCAACGUCCCUUACUCAUAUCCGUACUCUCACUGCCCAGAUGCAACGACUGGAAGCCCGUGUUCAGUCUGCGCGGUCUAAGCUGCCCGCUCCUGUGAUUACGCCGCCUCGCGCAUCUCCGAGACCAUCGGUCAACGGCGUAGGUCAGGUACCACCUACGGUUACGAUGCGUUCGCGAAAGCGCACUAUCGGUUCUUCUACUUCUUCUAUACCAGAUGAAACCCCGACACAGUCUACAAGCAGACACGUAUCAAGACUCAGUACCUCGGGCAUCUCAAGGCUAUCCUUCGGUCCGCUACCGAAUCGAACUAGCAACUACGACCCAGACAGUUCCUCUGUUAGCAUCUCACGACCAAGCAGCCGUGCUAGUAACACGAGCUAUGCGAGACCUGAGAGACCAGCUAGUCGUAGUGAGAUUGCUCGGCCCAUGUCUCGAACAAGCUUUUCAGGUGCGAGAACGCCCAUGGGAUUGCGGUCAAGAAGUUCUAUGAGUGGUAGCUUGCAUAGUCACUCCCAAAGCAUGAACCGCAUCGACCACGACGAAUUUGACGAACGUUUCGAAGAGCGUACCCCAAGUCGCCGGGGAACAUACAGCAAGUACGAUGCCGAUGGCUCGGCUAGUGCCAUACCAGUGCCUAGUUCGCUCCCGAUGCCGCGGCGGCAAAGCGGUGGAAUGCAUUCGGCUCGGAGAACUAGUGCUAGCCAACCGAACGAUCCCGCCACUGGAAGGCCAAGAAAAUUGAGCGACCUUGGGGAGACUUACUAAAGGCCCUUUAAUCUUUCCUUUACUCUUUUCUUGUACCUGUUUCCAGUUCUACAUGUAUUGGACGGCACCGUACAGGCACCAGUAUUUAUACCCCCCGUCGCGGCAUUGAGCCGAGGCGUCACGAGUUAACGGACGGAUUUGCAUAUCAACACUUCUCUACUAGCAUGCCUGUCUGCAUUCAUCAUAAUAGGCUAGGGAUUUUCGGCCGGAUGGUGUCAAUGGGCUUUCAGGCAUAUUUCUUUUC